AUGGUAUUAUUCACUAGAAUCGACUAUCCGAAGGUGUGGCGCUGGUUUUUUGAGGGCGUCAGAAGCAUCCGCUCGGACUUCAGCAGCUCCCGGCGUAAUUCGGAGGACUCGGACUAUGAAAACGACCACGACGAAGACGACGACUAUUCCCUGAUGAGUCACGCGUCGACGAUUAGUGCCGGGAUGGAUACCAGCCUGACCCUCAGCGAGGAUUCGACCGCUACUAUGACGGGAAAUAAUGAGUUGGCAGAAACCGCUACAAUUGAUUCGACAUCAACGAUUGCCCAGUCGACACUCAGAAGGCGUCGCUCAUUUCAACCGAAACGCCCAUAUCGCAUCUGCGACCCCGACGAAUCCCAAUAUUGGCUCCAAGUCCAGGCGGCGAAUUGCCAGCCAAAAACGUUGAAGCCUCCACCAAAUACCAAACUUCUCCGCCGAUGGAGUACUCGUGACAAAAAAGAGCUCAGCCUAUGG